AUGUUCUCCAGGAGUUUACGCACCGCUGCACGUGUCGUCCAGACACGCAGCACCCUGCAGCCUAUGCGCGGCGUGCCUCUGUCUUCUCUCAUGAGCCAAGUUCGCACCUAUGCCGACACCGUCGUCAAAGUCCCGCAAAUGGCCGAGUCCAUCUCCGAGGGUACUCUGAAGCAGUGGAACAAGCAGGUUGGCGACUACGUGGAGGCCGACGAGGAGAUUGCUACCAUCGAGACUGACAAGAUCGAUGUCGCCGUCAAUGCCCCCGAGGCUGGUACCAUCCAGGAGCUCCUCGCCAACGAGGAGGACACCGUCACCGUCGGUCAGGAGAUCGCCAAGAUCAAGGCCGGUGGUGCGCCGGAGGGCGGCGACAAGUCGGAGUCAAAGGAGCCCCCGAAGGAGGAGGCCGCUUCCACCGACGCAAAGCCCGCCGAGCCCAAGGAGGAGAACAAGCCAGCCCCCAAGCAGGACUCCAAAUCAGAGUCCAAGCCUGAGCCUUCCAAGUCUGCCCCCAAGCCCGAGCCCAAGAAGGAGUCGAAGCCCUCGCAACCCGCCAAGGAGACCUCCGGUCCCCUCUUGGGCAGCCGGGAGGAGCGUCGCGUCAAGAUGAACCGCAUGCGUCUCCGAAUCGCCGAGCGUCUCAAGCAGUCCCAAAACACCGCCGCUUCCCUCACCACCUUCAACGAGGUCGACAUGUCCUCCCUCAUGGAGUUCCGCAAGCUCUACAAGGACGAUGUCUUGAAGAAGACUGGUGUCAAGCUCGGUUUCAUGAGCGCCUUCACCCGCGCUUCCGUCCUGGCCAUGCGCGACAUUCCUGCUGUCAACGCUUCCAUUGAGGGCGAGAACGGCGGUGACACCAUUGUCUACAGAGACUACGUCGACGUCAGCGUUGCUGUUGCUACCGAGAAGGGUCUUGUCACCCCCGUUGUCCGCAACACCGAGGCCAUGGACAUGAUCGCCAUUGAAAAAACCAUUGCUGAGCUCGGCAAGAAGGCUCGUGACGGUAAGCUCACCAUUGAGGAUAUGGCUGGUGGUACCUUCACCAUCAGCAACGGUGGUGUCUUCGGCUCGCUCAUGGGUACCCCCAUCAUCAACCUGCCCCAGAGCGCCGUCCUCGGUCUCCACGCCAUCAAGGACAAGCCCGUGGCCAUCAACGGCAAGAUCGAGAUCCGUCCAAUGAUGUACCUCGCAUUGACCUACGACCACCGUCUUUUGGAUGGUAGGGAAGCUGUUCAGUUCUUGGUCAAGAUUAAGGAAUACAUUGAGGACCCCAGGCGCAUGCUCUUGUAA